AUGACUAAAAAAGUCUUGGUAUUGGGUUCUGGUUUUGUAGCUCAGCCUGUUAUACAGGUUUUAGCUGACACCGAAGGCAUUGAUGUGAGUGUUGCUUGCAGGACUCUAGAAAAUGCAAAAGCUUUGGCAGAUGCGUCGAAGUCGCAGGCACUAUCAAUAGACGUGAGGAAUGCUGAGCAAUUGGAUGCCGCUCUUAAGGAGCAUGAUGUUGUGAUUUCGUUAAUUCCAUACAUUUACCACGCCGAUGUCGUGAAGUCCGCAAUUCGGCUGAAAAAGGACGUGGUGACUACGUCUUAUAUUUCUGAUGCCUUGCGUGAGUUGGAGCCAGAAAUAAAAGCCGCUGGGAUCACUGUUAUGAAUGAGAUUGGGCUGGAUCCUGGUAUUGACCAUUUGUAUGCUGUGAAAACCAUUGAUGAGGUCCAUCAGGCAGGUGGAAAGAUCACUUCCUUUUUAUCUUACUGCGGUGGGUUGCCAGCUCCAGAGAAUUCUGACAAUCCAUUGGGGUAUAAGUUCUCUUGGUCUUCAAGAGGGGUUUUGUUGGCCUUGCGGAAUAGUGCUAAGUUCUGGAAGGAUGGCCAGAUUGAAACAGUUGAGUCUGCAGACUUGAUGUCUACAGCCAAACCCUAUUUUAUUUACCCUGGAUUCUCCUUUGUUUGUUACCCAAAUAGAGACUCAACUACUUUCAGGCAUUUAUACAACAUUCCUGAGGCUAAAACAGUUAUCAGAGGAACUUUGAGGUAUCAAGGGUUUCCAGAGUUUAUUAAGGUUCUCGUAGACAUUGGAAUGUUGAAGGAUGACGUUGAUCCCGCUUUCUCUUCUGCGACCUCUUGGAACAUCGCUCUAGCUCAAUACUUGGGUGCCAAAUCAGAAUCAAAGGAAGAUCUAAUUGCGGCAAUUGAUUCAAAAUCUAACUGGGGCUCCGAUGAAGAACGUGAGAGGAUUUUAGCUGGAUUUUCAUGGCUCGGAAUGCUUUCAAGCAAAGCAAUUGAUCCAAGGGGCAAUCCAUUGGACACGCUAUGUGCAACAUUGGAGCAAUUGAUGCAAUUUGAGGAGGGAGAACGUGACAUGAUUUGUUUGCAGCACAAGUUUGGAAUUGAGUGGGCAGAUGGUACCAAAGAAGUUAGGACUUCUACUCUUGUCGAAUAUGGCAAACCUGGUGGUUACUCAGCAAUGGCUGCUACUGUUGGUUACCCAUGUGCUAUUGCCACCAAGUUACUAUUGAAUGGAACUAUAAAAGGUCCAGGAUUGCUUGCUCCUUAUUCACCAAGUAUUAAUGACCCAAUAAUGAAGGAAUUAAAGGAAAAAUAUGGUAUUUACUUGAAGGAGAAGACGAUUGCCUAA